AUGGAGAAAAAGAUAGUGCGCAAAGGGCCGCUGCCUGGAGGUCGCCAGGGCGCGUCUGGAGCUGGCGCUGGACGCGACAGCAUGCGGGCCGCCAGCCGAGCGCGGGGUGUUGCAAGACCACCUAGCAGCCCCUCGCAUCCAUCAUCCCCACCAGAAGGCUUGGUGUCGGCUGGGUCUUCUCGGACUCAGCAAGCGGCACCCGCCGCUGGUGGAGCACGUCGCAUGCGUUGGUCUAAAUCAAUGAAUGAAAACGCACUGCGGGCGUAUUUUAGGGCAAAAGGGGAAGAAACUGGAUGUUUGGCGUAUCGGGCUCGGAUGCAUCGCUUUUUUGCAGAGCUGGAGCCAUCUCUAUCCGUCACUGAGCAAAACCUGGCAGACCGAGUUAGGUACAUCCUGCGCUCCAACAUAUUUGGUGACGCCGAACUCGAGCGACUACGACGUGAGGCUAUUCCUUCAUCGAAUGGAAAUGCUACGGCUGGGAAUGCGGCGCCACUAGAUGCGCAACAAACUGCAUAUGUGGAUGCUGCCGUCAACAUUCCAUUUGUGGCUAAUUCAGACGAUGAUGGAAUAGUCUCCCACGAACUAGAGAAAACGAGGAGCAUAUUGGAAGAGUCGAUGCUGGAACCGCGCAGCAUGCCUCUCGAAAAUCGACCGCGACUUCCCCCGCAUACCCCUUAG